CAAUGACGCGCUGCGCUCCAUGAAUGAUGCCGUCUUUGCGAUUAGUUCCCGAUCUGUUGUCACAUAUUCCCGAAAUGCGGUCAAUAACAACGCCUUCAACUAGGUUAACGAGCAACUUUAACGGAAUUCAUUAUCGAGAACACUAUGAAUUCGAAACUGGUCCUCGAGAUUUGGCUCUUUAUCUAUGUGCAUACCUUGUUGGUGUCAUGGUCAUCGUGGGAUUGUUGUGGUCUUUGAGGACGUGUGUCCGGAGACUCCGAUGUCGCUACUGUGUUCGAGGAUCUCCUCUUGAUGCCGCCGAGCGAGGUGAAGCAGACGACACUGGCUCCCUAGCUCCAGACGAAGACUUCACCCUGGCUCCCAACACCGCGUGGUGGGAGGUCGUGGUCAGGAGAGAGGCUGAAGAUCCCACGUUUGGACAGGAUUUGGUGAUAGCACCAGAGUACUGGGUGGAUGACGAGGUUCUCAGAUACGACCCUGACUACUGUCUGAAGUCGGGCGCCCUCUGGUGGGAGGUUGUGGAGGCUCAAGAGAAGGCAGGACGCUGAAUAGAAAACUUCAAGGGCUGAUGUGACUUCUAUUUUGAAGUAUAAUUGUAUAUAUUUAUAUGGUUUUGUUGAAUUAGCUUUAAUAUAUUGUAAAACAACGUGAAUAGUAAACAAAUCAAUAAACAAA